AUGGAAGAAUAAACAAAAACAGUAAUAAAAUAGUACUCCAAAGAAGUCAUAGCAGAAGCAAGUGAGCUCUUAAAGCAGGGUAAACUUGUAGCUUUCCCUACUGAGACAGUUUAUGGUCUUGGAGCUAAUGCUUUGGAUGCAGAUGCAUGCUAGCUUAUAUUCAAGUCUAAGGAAAGACCUCUCACUGACCCACUUAUAGUACAUGUCCAUUCACUAGAAUAGUCUUUGACACUUCUAGAUUAAUCCUAUCAAGAAGUAGUAGUGCUUUUUAAGUAAUUAGCUGGCAGAUAUUGGCCAGGGCCAUUAACAAUGGUAGUGAAAGCAAAUUUAGAAUUAAUACCAAAUAUGAUAACAGCUGAGACAGGUUUUGUCGGACUGAGAAUGCCUAAUCAUGAGAUAGCCCUUGAUUUAUUAAGAACAAGUCAAUUACCGAUUGCUGCUCCAAGCGCAAAUAAAUUUGGUCAUGUAUCUCCAACCAAGGCUGAGCAUGUGUACAAUGAUUUUUAUAAGGACUCUGAAGUAUUCAUUAUAGAUGGAGGCUAAUGUUCUUUUGGAAUAGAAUCCACUGUUUUGAAAAUUAGUUAUGACCAGGAAUAGAGCUCUCCAUAUAAAUUGAAGAUAUUAAGAAGAGGUGGAGUAAGUGAAUAACAUUUAAGACAAAGUUUAGAGGAGCUAGGCUAUUCAGGAUAAUAUGUAUUGGAAUCUGUUUAAAACAAACAUUACGUUGAGGAAACUGAAAACCUUGAGGCACCUGGCUAAUUCCUCCGACAUUACUCUCCUGAUAUAGACUCCUACUUAUUCUCACAAUACAAAGAGGCAUCUACACUUGAAUUUGGAGAGUGUGUGAUGCUUGAUUUUGGUUAGCUGUUCUUGAGUCUCAGAGAUAAAGUAAAGUACUAUCAUGAUCUUUCAUAAGAGGGUGAUUAUGUAGAAGCAAUCAAUGUUAUAUAUGAUAAGUUAAGAUGGGCAGAAACAUAAAAGGAUGCUAAAUUUGUUUUAAUAACAAAUUUCUACGAAAUAUAUGGAAAUGAUAAAGGUAAAGGUAUUGAACAUAGAGAGGCUCUAUUUGAUAGAAUCUUUAGAGCAACUAGUGGCAAGCAAAUCCUAUGA